AUGGAGUGCGAGGCUAGCUCAAAGAAGAAGAAAAAAGCAACUCCCGAAGCGCUGCCGAUGCUCGUCCCCUGCAUCGCUUCUCUUGCCUUCUCGGUGGGCCGUCCUUCCCCGCGGCAGCAUGCGUUCCCAUGCGUGCGCAUGGCGGCCGAGGAGGUCGCCUUCACAAAGUACCACGGCCUCGGCAACGACUUUGUCCUCGUUGACUGCCGCGAGCUCGAUGCGCCGCCCGUGACGCCAGAGGUCGCGGCGGCCAUGUGCGACCGGAACUUCGGCGUGGGGGGCGACGGCGUCAUCUUCGCCCUACCGCCGCAGCAGCCCGAGUCGAUGUGCUCCAUGCGCAUCUACAACUCGGACGGGUCGGAGCCCGAGAUGUGCGGCAACGGCAUCCGCUGCCUCGCGCGCUUCUUCGCGUCGCUGCAGAAGGUCGAGCCGACGUACACGAUCGAUACGCUCGCCGGGCCGAUCCGUCCCACCCUGCUGCCCGACGGCGCCGUCAAGGUGGACAUGGGCGAGCCCAUCCUCGACGGCCCGUCGGUGCCGACGACGCUUCCCGUCAACGACGACGGCGUGGUGGUGGCGGCGCCCAUCUCGGCGGCGGGCGCGGACUUCCGCGCGACGUGCGUGUCGAUGGGCAACCCGCACGCCGCCAUCUUCGUCGACGACCUCGACGCGCUCGACUUCGAGACGGUCGGGCCCGCGCUCGAGAGCCACCCGGCCUUCCCGGCUAAGUGCAACAUCGAGUUUGUGCAGGUUCUCUCGCGGACGCACCUGCGGAUGAAGGUGUGGGAGCGCGGCGCCGGCCCCACGCUCGCGUGCGGCACCGGCGCCUGCGCCCUCCUCGUCGCCGCCGUGCUCGAGGGGCGCGCCGAGCGCGCCGCCACCGUGAGCUUGCCGGGCGGAGACCUCUUCAUCGAGUGGCACGAGGGCACAAACCGCAUCUCGAUGACAGGGCCCGCGCUGCGCGUCUUCGACGGGACCUACAGACCCGAGCAGUGA